UCCGUGUCUUGACGAUGACUCGUUCCUGACGAUUAUUCAUUGACGCGAGAUGUGCUCUUCUUAUGUUCUAUAAGUAUAUAGCAUACAUAUAUAGGGUUGUUCGCUUGUUAUUAGCUACUACAACGAACAAGGAGCAGCGUCCAAAGGUUCAGAGCGCUCUCGGCGUCCAGGGGAGGACAGACUCCUCAACUAAAUACCCAAAGUUAUCCACCUGAGGAGGAUGGAAGUGCGCUUUCUGCAAUUUGGCCUUGGUCUUCUACUUCUGCUCGCGGCACAGCAUGCGCCAGCUAUUGCAGUUCCUAGCCCUCAAUGCCAAAUGCAGUGUGGCGACUUUGAUAUCCCAUACCCGUUCGGUAUCGGCGACAACUGCUCGUUACCAGGCUUUAACAUUACCUGCGAGGUCCAAGAUGGCAUCCUCAAGCCGAUCCUCUUUAAUGUGGAGAUACUCAACAUUUCGUUGAUUGAUAGCACGAUGCGGGUUUUGAACGCCAUCUCGACAGACUGCUACAACCGCUCUUACAAUAAAAUGGAUUAUACUACAUGGUCCUUAAACUUUAACGAUACUCCCUAUCUGCUCUCAGACGUCCACAACAAGUUCACUGUCAUCGGCUGCAGCACCCUCGCUUACAUCGCCAACGGCGACGGCCUGGGGGGCUACCAGAGCGGCUGCGUCUCGACAUGCAGCAGUCUGUCAGACUUGGCUGAUGGUUCCUGCUCCGGCAUGGGCUGCUGCCAGACGGCAAUACCCAAGGAGAUGAACUAUUACGAUGUCACCUUCGACGGCAAUUUCAACACAAGCCAAAUUUGGAAUUUCAGCCGUUGCAGCUACGCCGCGCUGCUAGAGGCGGAGGUGUUCAACUUCAGCACCGCGUACAUCAGCACGACGGAGUUCAACGACACGGGCACUGGGCGGGUACCCGUGGUGAUAGACUGGGCGAUCAGGAACAGUUCGACAUGUGAGGUCGCCAAACGGAACGAAGCGGGCACCUACGCGUGUCUCAGCAGCAACAGCGAGUGCGUGGAUUCACGCAACGGGCCAGGGUACGUGUGCAAGUGCUCAACAGGGUAUGACGGCAACCCUUACCUUCCAGGCGGAUGCCAAGAUUACGACGAAUGUAAAGACAUACUAUCAUGCCCUUCGGGCAGCAUUUGCCACAACACAGUAGGAGGAUACAGGUGUUCGUGUCGAGCAGGAAGGAAGUUCUCUGAGCAAAACAGAACGUGUGACCCUGAUACAGGGCUCAUAAUUGGAGUUACAGUUGGCUUUCUUGUUCUCGUGAUUUUCUCCUUCUUUGGAUAUAUGAUUCUUCAAAAGAGAAAACUGAACCAAGUUAAACAAGAACAUUUUCGACAGCAUGGAGGCGUGCUCUUGUUUGAGAGGAUGAAAUCAGAAAAGGGUCUUGCUUUCACUGUAUUUAGUGAAGCUGAACUUAUACAAGCCACAGACAACUACGAUAAGAGCAGAAUAAUUGGAAAGGGAGGCCAUGGGACAGUCUACAAAGGGAUAGUUAAGAACAACAUGCAGGUUGCAAUUAAGAGAUGUGCACUGAUCGACGAAAGGCAAAAGAAGGAAUUUGGUCAAGAAAUGUUAAUACUGUCCCAAAUCAAUCACAAGAACAUUGUUAAACUCGUGGGUUGUUGCCUUGAGGUAGAGGUUCCGAUGUUAGUCUAUGAAUUCAUCCCUAAUGGCACACUAUUCGAGCUUAUCCAUGGGAAGAACCAAGCACUGCAAAUCUCGUUUAGCACCCUGUUAAGGAUUGCUCAUGAAGCAGCCGAAGGACUCAAUUUCCUCCACUCAUAUGCAUCUCCUCCGAUCAUCCAUGGUGAUGUGAAGAGUGCCAACAUCCUUCUUGAUGGUAACUAUAUGGCGAAAGUGUCAGAUUUUGGAGCCUCCAUAUUAGCCCCAUCCGACAAAGAGCAAUAUGUCACAAUGGUUCAAGGCACUUGUGGAUACCUCGACCCUGAAUACAUGCAGACAUGCCAGCUGACCGAGAAAAGUGACGUCUACAGCUUUGGUGUUAUACUUCUUGAGGUCCUCACUGGCCAAGAGCCUCUCAAGUUGGAUGGACCUGAGAUGCAAAGAAGCUUGUCGUCAAAUUUCUUAUCCGCUAUGAAGGAGAACAAUCUUGAUGCGAUCUUGCCGAGCCACGUGAAGGGACAAGAGAGCAAUGAAUUGAUCAGAGGGCUCGCUGAGCUAGCCAAGCAGUGCCUGGACAUGUGUGGCAGCAACAGACCAUCAAUGAAGGAGAUCGCCGAUGAGCUCGAUAGAUUGAGGAAGCUUUCACUGCAUCCUUGGGUACAGAUUGAUGCAGAGAUGAUAGAGACUCAAACCCUUCUUGUUGGUGGAAUAUCGACUGGUAGCUUUGAAAUACAAGCUGCUACUACUGGGUAUCCUACACAGGAAGGUGAAAACCUGCCCAUGAACCCAAGAAGUUCUUAUUACGCGAGGUGAUUAGCAUAUUUUUGUAGUGCACUCCAUUGAAACUUCUACUGCUGGGGUAUCUCGGAGCUAGUGUUCUGCUAUCUAAUGUUUUGUAUUGCAUAAAGACACGAAGCUCUACGUAUCUUUAGCCAUUCAAAUUAUGUAUUUGUUCUUCUCUGCAGCCCGUCUGCAACAUGUAAUACUCAUGACAGCAAAUUUUUUUAAGUUUUUCCUGUUGGAUUUAAUGUGAGCCUGGCCCACAUUUUA